AUGACUACCCCUCAGCCAGAGAUAGAUACAGCCACACCGGCAGCUACAGCAGUAGAGCCGCCCGCAGCGGCGCCCAGCACUGGCGUUGUGGACACCUCCACAGCUCCAUCGACCGCAUCCGUAAAAGCGGACAAAGCAGACGGCACCGGCGAAUCCACUCCCACCCCCACGCCCACCUCCGAAUCGCUCAAUGCCCAUCAUCUCGGUCUAUCGCGGGAGGCGCUGGAGCAGGAAGUAGGCCAAGUCAUGGGUACCUUGAGCAGCUGGUGGGGCGGCGUCAAGAAGCAAUCCGCCAGCGCAUUGUCUAACAUCAAGGCCGACCUCGACAAGACCGUCAUUCAGGCGCAAGCGGACUUUGAGCAACUACGGACCGCCAAGGUCGAGGUGGUCCGUAAAGACCCCGAACAAUACGCGGCCGAACAAGCCGAGCGCUCUGCCGCUGGCUCUGGCGAGUCCCUCCUCGACCGUCUUGCCACCUCUACCACCCAGCUUCAGGCGACACUACAAUCUACCAUCGCCGCCGCGGCUGCCAAUCCGGCCGUCGCCAACGCGGCCGAGAACCUCCGUCUGGCGUCAGCCAAGGAGAACAUCCAGCUCUCGGUCAAGCAGGCGGAGAAGCUCGCGGAGGAGUACCUCCAUAAAGGCGACAAGCUGCGAAAGGACGCGGAGAAGUGGAUAGGAGAGGCGGUCAAGGUCGUCCCGCCCGCACCGGGAAGUGAGACCGCUCCGACCGUUAGCUGGGACGGGAGCGACUGGUACUCUAUAGUCUCUCAGGGGGCAGGGCCAGUCGAGACGCAGGGGACCGGACAGGGAUCAGGAGGACCGGCUCGUACUCUGGCGGGAUCGCGAAAGGACGCUCUCCUCGCGCGAUUGAGGGAGGACAAGGAUCUCGUCCUCGUUGACCCGCUCUCGCCCGAUACACCCCCUGCGCAACGGGAGCGGUUCGAGCGGUGGCUAGCCAAGUCUUGGCCUGCGCCGAAGGAAACCAUGGCGGCGGAAGGAGGAAUGGCGGGUUCAGUGCGGAUGGCAGUCGUACCCGAGCACAUGACCGACGACCAAUUCUGGCAACGCUACUUGUACAUCCGGGACACCAUCCUCGAGGAGGACGAGAAGCGGCAGCAACUUCUGAAAGCCACCGAGCAAUCCGUGCAGCAGCCUGACGACUUCACCUGGGACGAUGAGCCCGAAUCGACUCCCAAACCUGCGCCGCCUACCAAGCUCUCAACGUCCGCUGCUACGCCGUCUAUGAGCCCAAGAGACUCGGAGGAGAGCUACGACGUGGUCAGUGAUCAGGCCAAGAAGGAGGUCAAGGUCGUCGAAGCGGUGCCGGAGAAGGGGGAGGACAAGAAGGAUGACGACGAGGACUCGGACUGGGAGUAA